UAAUUUAAACUGCGUUUUAAAAAGUAAAGACAUAUUUUAGAGACGAUUAUAUUUGUUUUCCUAGAUUUUAAAAAUAAAUUGUUGGUAUAUGAUAAUUACAUUUAACUUAUACUAAAUUUCCGUACCUCUAGACUGGUAUGAGAAGAAUGGCUGUAAGAAAAUUAAUAGAUAUCGGUGCUAAUCUUACGGAUGAUAUGUAUCAAGGAAUCUAUCACGGUACAAAGAAGCAUGAGCCAGACCUGAAAAAAGUUCUAAGCAAGUCUUGGUUAAGUGGUCUUGACAAAAUAAUAAUCACGGGUGGAAGUUUUAUAGACAGUAAACAAUCUAUUGAAUUGUCUCGCAGUGAUUCUCGAUUAUUCUCUACUGUAGGAUGCCACCCGACAAGAUGUAAAGAAUUCUUGAAUAACCCUGAAAACUACCUUGACAACUUAAGAAAACUAAUUAGUGAUAAUAAGGACAAAGUAGUCGCGAUCGGUGAAUGUGGUUUGGAUUAUGAAAGGUUACAGUUCUGUGAAAAAGAAGUUCAACUUAAAUAUUUUGAAUUUCAACUUCAACUUAGUUCUGAAUUUAAUUUGCCAUUAUUCUUACACUGUCGCUCUGCUGUUGAUGAUUUGGUUGAUAUACUUAGCAGAAAUAAGGAAAAAGUAGUUGGUGGUGUUGUGCACUCAUUUGAUGGCACUGAAGAAGCCUUAAAUAAAAUAUUGGCAUUGGAUCUUUAUAUUGGCAUCAACGGAUGUUCACUAAGAACAGAAGAAAACUUAGCUGUGGCAGCCAAAAUACCUAAAGAUCGUUUGAUGAUUGAGACGGACUGUCCUUGGUGUGAAGUCAAACAGACGCACCCUGGAUACAAGCAUGUCAUCACAAAAUGUGCAACAGUGAAAAAAGAAAAAUAUUCUGUUGAUUCCGACUGUCAAGUUAAGGGCAGGAAUGAACCAGGGAAUAUUAUGUGAGUCUGGUUGAAGCUAUGC